UUUUUGUCUUUUCCUUUUUUAUCGGUACCAGGGAUCGAACUCACGACUGCCUGCUUGCAAGGCAGGUGCUUAUGCCGCUGAGCUAAAUCCCCAGCCCCCCGUCAUUUUUUUUUAAUCUGAGAGACUAUUUCUGAUCUGAUUUCCUCUAUAGCCUCAUUCAUCUCUUCUCUUUUUCUAGUACUAUUAUUUCAGAUAAUUCAGAUGGGUGGCUUCUAAUUUCCUUUAUCUUGUUUUCUCUUGGUCUUGUCCUGGGUGGACUGGAGGUCUGGAGUUACAUUUUGCCUCUAUGUCUUAUCAUUUUCUUCUUUUUAUUUUAAUUUGUGUUCUAUGUUGAUGCUUAUAAAUCGCUCAUGGUAGAUAGCUUAUGACUACUACUGAGGCUUCCAUAGGAAAUGUCUAUUCCUCAGAGAUGUCUUUUAGGUGUAGGUGGCUCUUGGCCUUUGUUUUUGUCUCAAGAUCUCACCUUCCUAAUUUACUGAGGAUGAGAAAUUUCUAUUUGGAUCCACACCCAGUCCUUUUUGAUACUGGACUAUGGUGGUGACUAUGAUCCCAGACAAUCUGAGUGCUGUCAUACAAGGGAGAACAACUGAUUACAAUAGGUAUGACACCCUGGUUAAAGUAAUCAGCAAUAAAAAACACAGUAGCAUCAAGAACAAGCUAGUAAUUGAUAAAUUAUGCUAUUAAUUUGGUACCUUUAACCUUAUGAGCGAGAUCUAUAGUUAUUUAACAAAAUCCAAUAUAAACCAGGAACUUUUAUACUGUGAGUUUUCCUGUAGAGUAAUUUUACCCUGUGGAAGGAAAUUAAACAGUGAGAGAGGAAAAGAAUAUAGUAGGAGCAAGGCUAAAGGACAAAAGACAGUCAUUCAAGCCAAGCUUGGGAAUCUGAAGAAGAGGACAGGAGAGAAAAAAUGAAGGAGAAAGCAAAUAAAUAUUGAAGAAAACCAGAAAAGUUAGAGACAAUGUUCAAUCACAUGAAUAUAUCAAAAAAAACCAAGAAAGUCAGUUGAGGAGAGAGAAAAAAGCUGAACAUAACAAAUACAAGUAAAAACAUAAAACACCACCAAAAAACCCCACAUGAAAUUCCUCUGAUCCCUUCAGUUUUGUGGUAGUGUCCAAGUCAACCCCAAAUCUGUAUUCUGUAACCCUGCCAAGUAGGGUUAGUGCUGUGUCUAAGGCUGAUCUUGAUCUCUGGAUGUGAAGACUGGGGCCAGCCUUCACCCAGCAGCUUUCUGGAUAUCCCUUGGCUGCCCACCCAUGUCUCCUUACUCUGUUUGGGUUUGUGUCACUCUCUCAGUUGUUUUGGCAUUCUCUGACAGAGAAAGACCAAGGCUGCUCCCAGUCCUGUGUACAGCCAGUCCUUCCUGGUCCUUGUACAGCCUUCUCUGUUCUACUCCUCUGUGUCUCUUUUCUCUCAUGCUGCUGGGAGCAGGUAGGGGAAGUGUUGUUAGCCAAUUCACUGUCUCUGCUCUCUCCUGUUUUGUGCUGUUGGGAGUAGGAUAAAAGGAGUGCUGACUUUCCACUUGUUGUCAGGUUGCAGUUAACGGUUCUUAAAUCAGAUGCCACUGGGAGCAGAGUACAAGGGGUAGUGCUCUUCCACUCACUACCUUUGCCUUGCCACUGCAGUCCUAACCUUGUUGUAGCUAUAAGUUUCAGUUAGCCACUGUUGUGUUGCAGACAAGAAAAAAAAGGGAAAUAAAAAUACCUGGCAGCCCAUGAAGGUAGAAUGGUGAACAUAUUCCUGGUCACUCUCUGUGUUUGCUGGCAAAAUUUGACAUCCAAUAGCAGCAUCCUCUGUUUGGAUGAAGGCAAAAGAAGUGAGCAGCCUUUCAUCCCAAAUUUAUCCUGUUUGUCACUUUAUGACCUUGGCAAUAUGUUUUAUUGCUGUUACCAUUGAGAUGCAGAAUCUGUUUCCCAGACCAACUUGUGGGCUGGCCUUAUUUGCUAUAGCCCAUACAAAGUUCUAUGAAACAUAUUAGUUUGGUAUCUGAGCUAGAACUUGAAUAUGUAUCUUCAUUCUUUCAGAACUCUGCUGUGUCUAUGAGUACAAGCCUGUAUUAUCCCACCAGUGUGUGGGAUCACACACAUCAAGGGAGGAUAAAAUAAAGUGCCCUGUUUAUAGCCAGUGCACCCUCUGAAACUGAGCCACCUUGUUAACCAUCAGUUAAACAAGGAGCCCAACUGAGUCCAGCCGAAAUUGCUGAUCAGCUUAUUCAUAAGGCAAUAAAUUUUGGGAGGGAUUAUUAGCCAGUAAUACAGUAGUACUAGUUUGUCCAAGGUGCCAGGAUUCAAGGACAUAUAGAUUGCAUAUUAUCUGCCAAAUACUAAGUGGCAUAUAGGUACAGAUUUUCUUUUUCCUUAAUUUAAAUUUGGGUGUCUUGUUAGAUGGUGCUGAGUUUAGACAGAAAUAUAUGUAGAGGGAAGGAAAAUAAGACAUUCAUGACAUGAUAGUUUGGCUCAAGGCCGAAUGACAAAAUAAGAAGUUUGUAAACUCUGGAAGUCAAGGCUGUAGACAGAUCUCAAGGCUUCCUCCUCCUGGGCUCAUCUUACUUUCUUAGCCAUUUGUACCCAGCAACAGAUGGGAGGCAGUGGUAUUCCCCUGCUGUCUCCCAGGGCCUUGUCUCUGCCCCUUCUUAGACCUGAGCAGAUAUGUAUAUUGAUAGGAAAUGGGUAAUCCUCUCCCUUGGCAUAAAAGGGAGGGGCUCAGGCCCUUGACCUUGCAGAGAUCAGGGGAGACAUAGCUCUUCAAGAUGGAAAGUGUGAGAUGUGCUAGAGGCUUAAAAUAGGAUAUACAGAGGCUGCCUAAAAAAAUGUGUACACAAUUCAGAAGAAAAACUUGCAUACAUAUAUUAAUACUAAAUUUAUUGAGCCAUCAUAAGAUUAAUACAAGUUACCUUUGACCUCUACAAUUAAAAUAGGUGCUUAAAGUGGUGUCCAUCAGCUUCUAGACAUUUAUCAGUAUGGCAAACUGCUGAAGUGUGUACCUAUUUUUUGGCAGACUCUAUACACUAUAUAUAGUUAAUAAUUUUAUAUUGAUCCAUAUAAUAAUAUUUUGGGUGUAUUUCACUAAGUUACUACAAAAAUUUCACCUGUUUUUAAUAUUUUAAAUGUGACUUUAAAGUUACAACUAUGUUUUACAUUUUAUUUUUACUGGACACCACUGCCUUAGGGGGUUGCCUGUCAUUUAAAAGUUCAGGCUGCCUCUUCAACAGAUCAGAGACAGAAAAGUUCACUGAAUUUAAAAAUAAUUGUCAUUAUAUCUUACCAUAAUCAACAGUCAAAAAUUUAUUAAUAUAGUCAACAAUGCUCAAAUAUAUUAUCCAUAAAUUUACAUCUUAUAUGCAAAGUUAAAUGCAAAAUCCCAUUGGUGAACUAGAUUCCCUCACUUGCAGGAAGUUCUGCCUUACAACUAGGGCAGCCAGGGGCUCCGGAUUCAAUCUUCAGCACCAGAAGAAAAAUAAAAACCUGGGCCUCCAAACCUGUCAUCCUGGAUUCAAUCCACCGAGGGGGUUGGUGUCGCCUACUUUUCCUCAGGACGAGGGGGUGGGGCCUGAAGACUGACCAAUCAGAGGUGAGGCCUGCCCAAUCAGGCACACAGCCAGAGCGGAUGGGGCGGGCUUUUACAGUCUCGCGCGUCUUUGUGUGGAGCCCGCCAAUCUUGGGAUCGGUGUCCUCGCUCUUUCUGUUCCGCUCCUGUGUUCUGAGCGUCCCAGGUGUGCCUGCAGCAGCCUUUGUCGUCCUGUUAUUUGCAGGGGUAGGAGAGUCACAGGGAGGACGCCGGCGACUCCGGAAUGCUGAAUCUUCUCCUUAUACCCAAGACUUUUCAGGAGAGCAGUGCAUAAAACAUUUGUUCCAGAAUAUGAAAAAGGGAAGAUAUGGAAAUUAUGGCCCUGACAGUUUAUUCUUAAAGAAAGAAUGGAAAAGCAUGGAUGAAAGUGAAAGUCAGAACAUUUGUUACGACGGACACGAUCAAUGUGUGAUACCUGUCCACAGCAAAAAAUUGUUUGUCCAUGGAGAUCAAGAACAUACAUCAUCUCAGAAAAAGUCUCAAUUUAUGCUAGUUACUUCUGAAGAGCCAUGUGUUUCUAUAAGUGAGUGUCCACACCAAAUUUUGAAACAUAACUUUCCUCUGAAAGGAAAUACAGAGAAUCUGAAAAGGGGCCUACUUCAUGCCACUGAGUUAAACUUUAACUUAAACAUUUCUAUUGACAAUAGAUUUAAAAAUGAAGAUAUUAAUAAAUAUGAUCAGUCUGAGAGUCCUUUUAGAAAAAAUGCAUCUUCCAGUCAAGAAAGAACUUUUCCUUUUGUCAAAAUACACAGUUUUAAUGAUUAUGAGAUGUUUACUUACCCAUUAUUGCUUAACCCAAAUGCAGAGAUAGAUAUCCGGAAUGUACACUACAUUCAUAAUGAAACUAGUAAGAUGUUUGGCCAGGGGUCUAGUAUAAAUAAUUACAUGUAUACUUACAUUGGUGAGAAGAUACAUGAAUAUGACGAAACUCAUAAAAACUUCAUCUAUGGCUCAAAUCCUUGGAAACAUGAGUGGACUUGUUUUCCAGAGGAUCUUUACCAAGACAAAAAAUGUGGGAAAAUCUUUAAAUACUCAAAUUUUGCUACCCUUCCAAGUAUCUAUGUUCAAAACAACACUUACAAAUAUAAAGAAUGUGGCAAAGCUUUAAAUCAAAUUUCAGGCCUUGUUCAACAUCAGAAAAUUGAUUCUGGAGAGAAAUCUUGCAAAUGUAAAGAGUGUGGCAAAACCUUUACCCAGGAUUCAAGGCUUAAACAACACCUGCAUAUUCAUGGUGUUAGAAAGAAAUCCUGCAAAUAUAAAGAAUGUAACAAAGCUUUUAAUCAGAUCUUAGGCCUAACUCAAAAUUUGAGCGGAGACCAGCCCUACAAAUGUAAAGAAUAUGGGAAGGCCUUUACCCAGGAUUCAAGACUUAGACAACACUUGAGAAUUCAUAGUACUGGAGAGAAACCCUACAAAUGUAAAGAAUGUGGCAAAACCUUUAAUCAAACCUCAGGUCUUUCCCGACAUCAGAGAAUUCAUACUGGAGAGAAACCUUACAAGUGUAAACAAUGUGGCAAAACCUUUGCUCAGGACUCAAGCCUUCGACAGCACCAGAGAAUUCAUACAGGAGAAAAACCCUACAAAUGUAAAGAAUGUGGCAAAACUUUUAACCAGAUCUCAGUCCUUACCCGACAUCAUAGUAUUCAUACUGGUGAGAAACCUUACAAAUGUAAAGAAUGUGGCAAAGCCUUUAACAGACUUUCAUAUGUUGCACAACAUUACAGAAUUCAUACUGGGGAGAAACCCUACAAGUGUAGUGAAUGUGGCAAAGCCUUUACCCUGUAUUCAAGCCUUAGAAACCACCUAGGAAUUCAUAACACUGGAGAGAAGCCCUACAAAUGUAAAGAAUGUGGCAAGGCUUUUAAUCAAAUUGCUAACCUUUCUGUACACAAAAGAAUCCAUACAGGAGAAAAACCCUACAAAUGUAAAGAAUGUGGCAAAGCCUUUAACGUUCGUUCAAACCUUACUCAACAUCAGAAACAUCAUACUGGAGAGAGACUCUACCAAUGUAAAGAAUGUGGCAAAUCCUUUAUUCAAAUUUCAAACCUUAUUCAACACCGGAGAAUUCAUAUAGGAGGGAAGCCCUACAGAUGUAAAGAAUGUGGCAAAGCUUUUAAUCAAAGCUCAAACCUCAUUCGGCAUCAGAUAAUUCACUUAGGAGAGAAACCCUACAAAUGCAAACAAUGUGGUAAAACCUUUAAUGGUUCUUCAAAUCUUACUCUCCAUCAGAGAGUUCAUUCUGGAGACAAACCCUACAAAUGUAAAGAAUGUGGCAAAGCAUUUAAACGAAUUUCAAGUGUUACUGUACACCAGAGAAUACAUACUGGAGAGAAACCCUACAAAUGUAAAGAAUGUGUCAAAGCUUUUAGUGAUUGUUCUGCCCUGAUCCAACACAAAAGAAUUCAUACUGGUGAGAAACGAUACAAAUGUAAAGAAUGUGGGGAGGGCUUUAAUAAAAGCUCUCGACUUACUGUGCAUCAGAAAACUCAUAAUGGAGGGAAACUCUACAGUUGUAAAGAAUGUGGCAAAGUCUUUAGUGAUUGUUUAACCCUUACUAACCAUCACAGUGUUCAUACUGGAGAGAGACCAUACAAAUGUAAAGAAUGUGGCAAAGCCUUUAAUGAUCGUUCAACUCUAUCUCAGCACAAUAGAAUUCAUACUGGAGAGAAGCCAUACAAAUGUAAAGAAUGUGGCAAAGCUUUUACUCAAAGCUCACACCUUACCCGUCACCAGAGAAUUCAUACUGGAGAAAAACCCUAUAAAUGUAAAAUAUGUGGCAAAGCUUUUAAUCAAAGCUCAAACCUUACUCAGCACCAGAAUAUUCAUAGUGAGGAUAAACUCUAAACAUGUAAAGUGGAAACUUUUUUUGUGUGUGCCAGGGAUCAAACUCCUGACCUCGCAUUUGCCAAGUAGGCACUUACGCCACUAAGCUAAAUUCCUGACCAAAGUGGCAACUCUUCAGAUUUUAAACUUCAUUUAUGUAAUGACUGGGAAAACAUUUGAUGUCAGAGUACCACAAAAAACAUACUGGAGAAGAAUCCUUCAUAAAUGUGAAAUGUGUAGCAAGCCUUAUUUAUGCCUUAGUUUCAUAUAGAUAAGAGAGUUCUUUCUAGAGAAAAAUCUUACAAGUAUAGAAAACCUGGGAAUUCCUUCAACAUUUGCUUAAAGCUUACUGGACACAUUAGUGGAUGUGAUAAAUUAAUCUUGACUAGAUAUCAGAGAAUAAUACAGAAAACAUCUCUGAAAGAAUAGAAAUUUAACUUACAGAAUAUUCUUUUGAAAACUGAAUAAAUCACAGCUCUCAAAUCAUGCUUUGAAGAGUAGGAUCCCUGAAAGUUUUUAAUCUAUACAUUUCUUUACAAUGUCUUUGGAAUAUUUGCAAUUAUGCAUGAUUUUUGUAAGUAAAAGUGUCUGAUGUUUUUAACUUGUAUUUGAAUGAUGUCUUUCUGUCACAGACAUUCUGCUUAAAAUUCUAGAUGACAUAAUAUACAAUUAGGUAAAUAAUUGAGUGACAUGUUUAUUAAUCCUUUUCCCCAAUGUCAUUAAAUGCAAAUUAUUUGGAGAAUUAUUAUUUCUAAUGAAUUUUUAUCUAUUGUUUCUGGUAAUUACUGAGAAAUUAUGAUAGUUAUACAAAUGAUACUAUAGGUGUAUUAUACCGCCUUUUCAAAUCUUGAAUUACUGCUUAUAAAAUUUUUUCCUUUAAUUUUUCAUUUGUUCACUCCUUUGAAUAUAGAAUAUAAACUUUGAUUUAGAUUUACAUUGUAUAUUUUAAAUAUGCAAAAAUUUUUAUAAAAUGACAAGCUUGAUUAGCUUUUGGAACAAGAGAACAAUCAAAGUUGUGAUUGUGUGUUCAUGAAUGUACAUGUUUAUAUAUACCUAUCUUGUGAAGAAAAAGAAAUUAUAAAAAUGAAAGCUCAUUUUAAAAUACUUGAAAAUGUCCAAAUGAUUAAUGUCCCAUAUCUUUAAAAGUCUCAUUUCUACAAGAUAGUUUUGAGUUUUAGAAUUUUCCCAUGCCAAUUCUUUUUUUAUUUGAAUUUAACUUGUUGAAACCCUAACAUGACUUGUUCAAAGCUUAUGAAAUACUAUUAAAUCUGUUAAACAUGAUUUUUGUAACAGUUUGAAUAUGUAUUCUAAAGAUAUAUUUUCACACCAUAUUAAAAAACCUUUUAUCAUUGUA